CCUAUAUAAUAUAACCUUAGAUGAGAUGUCAACAUUUUAAACGGUCGUUGUUAAAGGAGUUUGUUGGUAACGUUUGUACAGAAUCUGAUUUCAGUGAUCAAGUAAUUGCAUUACGAUACAAUGGAUGUCACAGGAGAUUUGACGUUGCAAUGGGUCGAGGAGGUAGGAAAUGUUAUCCACGAGGAAGUAAUAUGCGGUUUAGAGGCAGAGCUAGGUGCACCGGAGGAGGAGGUGAUAGGGGCUUGCGAGGAAGUUACAGUGGAGGAAACGGUUGAAUCUGUACCUGAUGUCGCUCCUACAACAGAGUCAGAGAUAUUAAUGGUGUCACAGACUAGCGAUAUGGAAUCUAUUUAUAUAGUACCACAAGAUCAAGGUCACGAUUACCUAAAUAUACAAGUCACAGAGGAAGUGAUUGCUGAUACUUGGGAUAGAUCUGGUCCUGAAGAUGGGGUUGAGAUACCAGAUACAAAAGUGGCUCAUGAUAACUUGUUAGAAUACGACGACAUGGAAAUUCCAUUACCAAUUGACCAAGAUUCUUAUACGAACAUGAGACCGUAUCCCUGUGACUUCUGUAGCCGAAGGUUCAGGAAAAAAGCAAAUUUAAUGAAUCAUAUGGUGGCACAUCAGACUGAUCGUCCUCAUGGUUGUAACCUGUGUGGAGCACGUUACGCCAGAAAAUGCGAUCUCAUGAAUCAUUUGAAGAUUCACGCGUAUGCACCAUCUCGCGAUGGUCUGGAGGAUGAUCUGAAUGAUGAUGACUCAUUGGCACAGGAGGAAGAAGAAUCUGCCAAAGGUAGACGUAAGAAAGUCCAAUCGAGUGCACCGAGAAAACGCAAAAACAACUCUGCUAUUCCCAAACGCAAUAUCGAGGAGAGUAAAAUGGAAAUGGGCAAGUACGUCGCUAAAUCUUACGAUUAUGUUGACGAGGAUAUGCGUCUGUUAGAGGAAAUGACUAGUAGAAAUUCUACACGCAGUGGUAACUAUGCAUCGAGCUCAAGAUGGAAUGAACAAAUAUCACCUGUGUCAACUGAACCUCAAGCACCACGAUGGCCUAUAACCGAUCCAACAAAACCAUAUGUAUGUCAAUACUGUGGUGUUGGCUUUGCAAGGGAAAAAGCAUUAGCAUCUCAUGCGCGCGUACAUGGCGGUGACAGUCCAUUUGAAUGCACAUCAUGCGGUGACAUGUUUUGGGAUGUAAACAGUUUACGAGAACAUGUUCGUAUCAAACACGGUGGGACAGUACAAUCGGAUACAGAAGAGUAUGACAAUGAUGCAACAUAUACAGGCGACGAGAGAUUUGGAGAAUUCUAUUGCAACACUUGUGGUGUUCCUUUUCACCGUUUAGAUUUACUUAAACGUCAUCAAAAGAUUCACGUCAAACAAGAAGAUGAUAUGGUUGACGGUUUGAACCAACAUCACGUUUGCAAUGUCUGUGGAGAAUGGUUCGAAGAGGCUUUAGCAUUGUUAGCGCACGCCGAACUUCAUGCAAGAUCACCCAGUCGUCGGUGCUUAUUAUGCGGUGAAAGAUGUCGCGACGACGCUGAAGUCGCGGAACACGUUCGACAAAACCACGCCGAAGAUGCGCCACCAAAUACGUGUACUCUCUGUGGGAAAACAUGUAAAGAUAAACGCAGUUUACUAAAACAUUCAUGGGUUCACAAUGUUGACAAAACUUUUGGAUGUACAAAGUGUGGAAAACGUUUUCACAGCAAAGCUAGAUUACGAAGACACAUGGUAUCACAUCGUAAUAAGAUGGUAGCCUGUGAUGAAUGCGGAGAAGAAUUCCCCGAUGGUAGAGCUCUCGUUAGCCAUCGUCAUUCGCAUAAUAAAGAUCUGGGCGGACGUUCCUUUCCAUGUAGGGAAUGUGGAAAAACAUUUGGAAGUCGCAGUUCACAGCAGAUUCACAUACGUAUUCACACUGGAGAGAGACCAUACGGUUGUAGAUUUUGUUGGAAAGCCUUCGCUGAUGGUGGAACUUUGAGAAAACACGAGCGUAUUCAUACAGGCGAGAAACCGUAUGGAUGCGCGAUCUGUCCUCGUGCUUUUAAUCAAAGAGUUGUUCUCAGAGAACACGUGCGUGCUCAUCAUUCAGGUCCCGAUCCAAAAUGCGUAGGUAGCAUUACCCCGUACCUAUGUAAAGUAUGUGGUGACGCGUAUGGAACAUCAGAGGAGAUAGUUGCGCACAUCGUACAACACUGUGACGAUAACACUGCAUUGAGACGUCAACCGCAAACUGGACCACGUAAAUAUAAAAGAAGACGCAAACUUAAACCUCAUGAAACCAACACGAUGCUGCGUAUGAGCGACCAAUACGACAUGAUGGAAGGAGGCUCCGAUUCUGACGAUAACACGAAAAGAAAACUUGGUAGAAAGAAUAAGCAACAUCGGUCAAACGUCGAAGAGGGAUAUCAAAAUGUUCUUAAAAGCUUUGAGAGCUCUCUACAGAAUAUAAAUUCAAUCGUUAGUAAUUCGAAGUUAAAUCCAGGCAAGUCCAAGCUUUCCAAGAAGAAGCUUAGAAAGGAAGAGAAGAAGAACGAAGCUCAAGCUUCGUGUCAUCCUGGCAGACCAAAAAUGAUUCACACGCAAAAAACAAGAGUGCCUGUAGAAAUAGGUAGUGACGGAGUAAAAAAAGGACAAAAAACUAAAACUAUGGUUACAAGGACUCCUAAAGUGAUGCCAAAUGAACAUAAGUUAGGAAUUUUUCCAGGUGGGGAAAGAAAUAGACCAAGAACAAAAAACGUCAGUUAUCAUAUCGAAGGAAAACUUCAACCGACACCUGCAACAUUCCUGAAACCGCAAGAUGAAACUCCUGAAGUUCAGAUGCCAAUGUUAUUAACGAAUAUAAAGCUGGAACCUAAUGCGCAGAAACCACCGAGCAACAAUCACAGAAAUAACAAUGGUAAUAUCCUUGCUAUUAAACAAGAGAAGAUGGAUUCAACAUCUAGGAAAAAGUCGGGUGUCUUGAAAAAGAUGAAAAAACAGAAGCUUGGAAUUAAGCAAGAGCCAAUGGAUAUCGAUCAGGAGCAAAUACAAAACAAUAAUAAUACUGAGAAUACAGACACCGCAAGAUUAAUGGAACAUUCGGUAGAUGGAAGUAACUUGGAGAUAGCAUUCGAAGCGAGUGUUAUGGCCGAAGAAGAAAAUAUGCUUUCCAAUGUGGCCGAAGUAAAUAAUAGCGGGAACGUUAGCACUGGGAACGUACAACUUAGUAUAAAAGUUGAAUCGACACCUCAACGAAUGUUGUCUGUUCAUAGUGUUAUAACACCUGAUGAUAUUGUCCCAGAAACUAUAAUACCAGAUGCUGUAGAAUAUACUUGUGAGAUGUGUUCCGCAGUAUUUUCCAGUCGGGCAGAGUUAUUGGUGCAUGUUCCAAUACACAUUUGA